AGAUCAUGUGAGAGGAACAGGCAGACUGACAUGCCGGAGGUCGACAGCCCCCUGGGGCACUGGCCUCACAGCCUCAGCUCGAUGAUGGCCUGUCUGGGCUGCACGCUCGGCCUCUUCAACAUCUCCAGGUUCUCUAUCCUGACCGUCCAUUUCGGUGCGAACUUCAUCUUCCAGUUCGUGUUCCUCUCGGUCAUCUUCGGUCUGCCUUUGUUCACGUUGCAAUUGUGCCUCGGGCAGCAGCUAGCCGCUGGGGUGAUUGACAUGUGGAGGAUAUCGCCGCUAUUCCAAGGAGUGGGCGUGUCACUGUUGGUCGCGCAGGCGCUCACUGGCAUUUAUAGCAUAGUGGGCGUGUCGUGGAUGUUCGUCUUUUUCCGGGACUCGUUCAUCACGAAGGUGGACAAGUACAGAUGGGCGGAGUCGUAUCAGCACUAUAGGCUUGAUAUCUUGGUGGAUAAUGGAACAGACAAAAUCAACGAAACCUUGCCGGAUUAUUUCAACGGGGUGGUGCUGCAGAGGCAUCACCUGCCUUCUGGCAACGCCUACGGUACCAUCAAGUUCCAAUUGGCCUUCAACUUGGCCGUGGUGUGGAUGAUUGUGUUCGUGUCCUUGAGCAAAGGGCUGAGGUCGUACGGCAAGGUCAUCUACGCGUUCACUCUGUUGCCGGUGUUCGGGACCUUCAUACUUUGUGCCAAAAUCUUGGGGCUCAUGCCUCCGGAGUACGUUAACGUCAUCUUUCCUGAGACUUCGUGGGGGGAUUUUUUUCUAAACUCAAAGAGUUGGUUAGCGGCGGGUCAGGAAGUUUUCAUGACGUGGGGCCUUAUGGGCGCUGCCAUAAUGCAGAUAGCAUCACACAAUAAGCACAAACACUUGCUUCAAAGAGAUUCUAGUCUUGUAGCCAUCAUAACCUUAACUAUUCUACUUCUAGUUGCUUUUCUGGCAAACACUUGUGUCCAGAUACUCAAGUCAUACGGAUACAACUAUGUCCCGAAUUCUUUCGAGCGAAUGUCUUCUGGCACCUUUUUACGAUAUGUCAACGAUCCGCUUCCAUCGAACAUAGCUAAUUUUCCAGCUAGGAACUUGCUUCACAACUCUUUCAUCGUGGGAGAAAAAGUUAUGAGACCUACUGUGGAUUACACCACCGAAAGUGGGUAUCAAGUUCUUCGGCUUGCUACUGAAUUGGUACCAGCGACGUUCGCUGUUAUGGGUUCCGAUCAAGUCUCUCCAUUUUGGGCUGUCCUUUUUUACUUCAUUUUGAUAAUGUUCGGUAUCGCUCAGCAGCUGGCGAUUUGGCAUUGCGUCAUCACCGGCAUAAUGGCCAUCAAGGCGAACGUUCUGAAGUCCUGGGAAACGACCAUCACGUUCUUCAGUUGCGCGUGUGGCUUCAUUUUGGGCCUCCCCAUGGCCACCGAGAUGGGAAUAUUCGUAGUAUAUUUCUUCGAUUACACCGUCGGAGGGGUAUGGUGGCUCAUGAUUGUCAUACUUCUUCAAAUCCUUGCAGUUUUUAUGGUACGUGGACGUCCUUAUAGUGGAGAUACUGUAGUGACAGCUCUGUUUUACCAAAGCAGUCACCCGUGUUUUCUUAGUUGGGCGCCAGCUUUGUUGUCAUUCACUUGGAACGUUAUACUGCCUGUCUCUUUAAUGUUUCUGUGCAUAGUUACUUUCAAGAAUGGCAGCUUCAGGGAUAUGUUCAUUUGGCAUCAUGCCCCAGUAGCAGAGUAUUGGCCUCUUUGGGCUAGGCAAGUUGGAUCUAUAUUGCAACUGUUUCCUAUACUCUGUAUACCAUUGGUCGCUGUUAUACAGAGUUAUAGAUAUUUAAAUAAUGGGCCCAGUGAUAUUUUGGAUCGAAUCCAGCUGUUGUAUAGGCCGCCCAUCGGCGAGCACAUGGACGAACUGGCAGCCCGAGAUCUAUCAACGGCGGCGCGCGAAGAAGCCACCGCCACGGCCGCCCUCACGGCGGACCCCCCGCCCAAGUACACCCCGCCCCCCUCCUACACCACGGCGACGGGCGCCCGAUUGGCCAAGCUGCUCAGGCAGAGCAUCCGGCGCAGCGUGCGGCGCAUCGCGAACGCCCUUGGCGAAAGCAGCUCCAAUAGGCAGCGCGCGCCCGUGCUACCCCCACCACCCGAUUAUAACGCCGUGCUGGUCGAGAUGAACGGCAGUCGAGCGUCGACCGUCGACGAGAGCGCUCAGGCUGGAUGCAGCGCGCGACUCUCCACGCUGGAGCGGCUGCGGAACUUGGAGAGUUCGGUGACAGCACUGACGGCGGCGGAGGUGGCGUCGAUUCUGCGCAGCAGUUUCAGGCGGAGCACGGUGAACGCCAGGAAUAACGCGAGGAUGGGGAAUUUCAGCGACGCCAUGACGUCGUUGAGCGCGCGGAAUUUGAUCGAGUCCGCGGCGCCCAUCGGGGAGAUGUCUCUGGUUAUGGACCAGUUGGAUGCCGAGGCAGGAAAGAGUCGAGAUACUUCGUCUGUGAUAUGAAUUUAGGGUAGGAAAUGUUGUCCGAGAUUUGAGAGUAUCACUUGGACUGUGGUGUCGCUCUGUUUAUUAGAAGUCAUACCUAACUCUGGAAGUUGUAUUGGUGGGAAGAGACUGCGAUUGUUCUUAUUUUCGAAUUCUGUGAUUUUGUUUAUGAGAAUAAUUAUAGAUGAGGUAUGUUUACAUGUUUGUGAAGACAUUCAGGGGCUGAAAUUCUAUAUGUUUGGACUUUGACUGGUCUUUAAACAGUGAAGAUUUAUAUUUUUAGUAUAAUACGGAUUCUUGCUGGUUAGAGACCAGUGACAUGAUUUUCGAUUCAGAUUUUCUUCUCUACUAUGUAAAGGAGUAUUUUAUGUGUAAUAUUGUAUUGUACGAUACUAUUUAUAACCGUUUGUAAGAGUACUCUAUUGUAGAGUCCCUCCCUUAUAUACGUUAUUUUUAACCGAGAAGAAAAAACAAUAAAUAUUCGGAUAUGACGUAAUGAGACCUCAUCAAAAGUUUUUUAUCGUGAUCCCAAACAGCGUGAUAAACCUUAUUUAAAAAUCUUAGAUUUCGAAAAAGAUAUGGAGAACAGAGAAAACGGAUUUGUAGUUUGUCGCGCUUCUAGGAUUCAUCCUCUGAUAAUUCUGUCAAAGGUCGCUAAUUUCCGCAGUUUACUUUUCUUAGAAAGAACUAACGUGUAUAUGGGAGUAGGCUUCUUCGAUAGAUGAAACCCUCUACAAAGAAUGAAAUAAGUUAACUGAGAUGAAAACCAAAAAAUAUGGCGAUAUUCGUUAAGCAAGUAACAUCACUUUGAUUUUUUGAUAUUUUUUUAUUACGGAACUGAUAAUUUUAGUUUCAAGCUUUUUUAUGAUCUACUCGUUUCAUUAAAUAAUAUAUUGUACU